CCCGGCCCGACUGGCACACCCACCCCGCUGAGGCCGUGACAGUCAGUUGGGCCUCGCUGGGCUUCCUGGUGUUGCAGCUCCGCCUCGCCUCGAUGUGGCCGGACAGUGGAAACACUUCUCAGCAGAACAAAAGCCAGCGCGGACCCGAGCAGGCAUUGCGGCGGAACUACACACCUCUCGGUCGGCGUUGAAAGGAUUUUUUUUUUUUUUUUUAAAAGCGGGGGAAGACUCGACGAGAAGUCCGGGUUUACGGCGUUUGGUUGUGCGGUAAUCCUUGGAGGUGCUCGGUGGAAGACGCCGAGGGUCAAGCCGACAGACGGACGGGCAUUGUGUCCUCGGUCUUCCGCUAAACUUCGGCCAUUUGGAAGCCGCCUACACCGAAACUGAAACUGGGUAUUCCUGCUUCUUGUUCGAUCGCGAUCAUCUUUGGAAUCGUUUUCGGCAUUUUCGAUUCACGGUCGUGUGUUGUCGACGUGAAGUGGCUCCGUUUAUCUUUGAAGACUUGUGGAAGUGGAACAAAGCCCGACAAGAAAAGGGUCUAAGACCCUAAUUCGAUCACCCCGAUGGCGACUUAUGAAGAACAAAAUGGCAACGUUGGAAUAUUUGGUGCCAGGAAAUUCUUGCAUGCCAAAAAGACAAAGGCCGCUGGCGAAGUCAAGCCAGAAGAUAAACACGCUCUUAAGGAUUUGCACCAUUCUUCCAAUUCAUCUGAAGGCAACUCGGGCUCGGCGACCAGUUUCACCACUAACCACAACUCUGUUGUGUGCUUGCCCCUUGUGUCAGAGGAACUCAAACUGGUGUGGACACACUCUGAUCAAACAAGUGAACUUGAUUCCAUCCCAGAACUGGUCCAAGCCUUUAACUUGUUUCCUUACCCGUCGUCGCUCGAGGUUAAUACUCUAGCCAGGGUGUGUUCUUUGCCUUUGGACAAAGUAAAGGUUUGGUUCAUGGUACAGAGAAUCAAAUAUGGCAUCAGCUGGUCAUCAGAGGAAAUAGAGGAGACACGUCAGAAACUGUCGGUGCCAUAUUCUUCGGAUGACUCCACUAAAACAGAGGAAGCCAAAGUCAUUGUGGAUAAAGAUUCUGAAGUAGAGGAGGUUCCGCCCACUUUGACUCCACAGAAGAAUAAACCAAAAUGUGAAUCACCAGAUUCUUAUAAACCAACCAAAUCCACAUCCCCGUGUUUCGUCUCCACACUACCGCCUCCUCAGGAUUCCUACUUCUACCGCCCACCGAGUGACACACCAUCAAGUGCUGCUGCUGAGGUCUCUUUAGACCUUUCCGUGUCCUCACGCCAACAACAUCGCCACGGGCGCUACAAAAAGUCUAAGCCUCAGCUUGCCGCACUUCGCAAAAGCUUUUUGAGAGAGAACUGGCCUGCAGAAGUAGAGCUCAGACGUUUGCAGGAAGAGACCGGCUUGAGCCGCAACGACAUCCGCAAAUGGUUCAGCGACAGCCGUUACCAGCUAAGAGUCGGGCGAGGAAGCCUAGCAGCAGCCCAGAGCUUUUCUAACCUCACAGCUGGAGGGGGUAAACAGGAGCAACAAAGUGAACCUAUUCCACUUACGACACAAAAGGGUCGUCAGUUGAAUGCCGCGAAGGGCCAGGAGGCAGCCCGAAGCAAUGUGGGGAGUAGUUCACACUUUUUUCAGACCUUCUUGUCUAACAGCCUUGAGGCAUUUGGGGAAAGAGAUCUUGAGGCAGAGGGAUAUGAAACGGUAGAAGAUCUUUCUGGUGACGGAGACAGUCUCAAAGACGGCGAACAGAGUGAAGAAGAACCUCUACAGCUGACUAAGCCCAGCAAGCCUGACCAAGGUACUCCUGCACAGGAACCGCUUGAAGUAGUCAAAUCAUCUGCCUCCCCCUCCCCCUCUGGAACACCACCACUUACGGCAUCACCAUACAAACAUCCCCCAAACGGCAUCAGUACAUCAAAGAAGUCAGCCCUUUCAGCCACAGGCAAUAACCAACCCCAGUCAGUAGCAUCUACAUCUGCUUCUCGGACAACCGCUGGCAGACCAAGAAAGACCAAGGAGCAGUUGGCUUUAUUAAAGGAGCACUUCUUGCUCUGCCAAUGGCCCAAGAGCGAAGAAUACACAGAACUUGUUAAGAUUACAGGUUUACCUCGAGCCGACGUUAUCCAGUGGUUCGGGGACACACGUUAUGCAGUUAAAAACGGCCAGCUCCGAUGGGUCAAGGGCGUCCGUGACAAAUUCUUGGCAGAACUCGCUGCCCAGCAAAGUAGUGCUGCCUUAACCAACGGCUCUGGAACAUCUAUGCGGGUUGGAGGUAGCCGCAAACGUAAAUCUCCAGCAAACGGAACCUCUGCGGAUUUCCCAAAUGUCCAGCCGUUGGUUAACUAUUUCCUCUCAACUGGCCCACUCAAUGAAAAAGAUCUCGACACUCUAUGCAAUAAGUCAAAAAUGAGCUACCAGCAGGUGCGAGAUUGGUUUUCAGCUCAGGUUGUGGAGACUGGCCAAGAACCCAUUGUUACAGAUUAAAGCAAUGCAAGCAUACUGACAUUUUUGUAAUAAUCGUCAUGCCAUUUCUACCAGCAAGCUUAGUUGUGGCUUGGUUUAUAUUGCUUUAUUAGAAGCAUGAUUGUAACAUUUAGUCUUCCAAGUACACACCCAAAUGAAGGUUUGCGGUAUGUGUUUUUACUUCAUUUUCUGCUUAUCCUAAUAUAUUUGAAACUGAAGAUUUUUGCAGCCCGUGUAAAUGUAAAUAGGACAGAAACUUGUACACUGGUUUGAUAUAUUUUGUAUCCUUUUUUUAGUUGAAUACUGUAUAAACUGCAGACUAGCUAUUUGUAGCAGCAAUUUAAAACGGUGGUUCUUUUGGUACCGAUUACAGCGGGUGAGACUGCUGACAAGAUUUUCUGAUGACUUUGUGUAAUCAUUCCUUUAUAAAACAUUAUUCUUACAAAGAAUGCACACUGGACAUUUUCCCUUUUUAAUUUGACAUCUUGCACUUUGGAUUUGGAGCCUGCUGCGAUUAUGUUUGAUAAGUCCAACAAUUUCAUGUACAAACACUGUCCUUCUUAAACCUGCUGUUGUUUGCUAACUUAUACAGGUUUAGAUUAAAACAUUUCAACCUUUUUCUUUCAA